UUGUGAAAAACAUGCCUAGUCAUAUCAGAUUGUAAUGAAUAAAUAGUCACCACUUCGAACGAAAUCGAACAUUUUAGUUCGAUCUGUAAGAUUCGAAAAUUUCGUUCUCAUUAUUUAUUUUUUUAAGUUUAAAAUGUUGAAGAUUUCAUUAGUCCUGCUUUCUUUGGUGGUUUUUCUUGUUGAAGGAUGUACUUACAGAAAUCGUGAAUGUCCCAAUUAUUCCAUACUGGCCAAACACCCUGAUUAUGAAAUUCGAAAAUAUUCAGCUAUUACCUGGGUAUCCACAACAGCAGAGCACAGUUAUUUUAAAAUAGCUGCAUCAAGAGCUUUUACAAAGUUGGCUGGCUAUAUCAAUGGAAAAAAUAAUCUAAAAUUGAAAAUAAACAUGACUAUCCCGGUAAGAAUGCACGCAACUUACAAAGAACAGAGCACUGUUUACCAGAUGGACUUCAAGGUUCCCAACAAGUAUGCUGCCGCCCCUCCAUUGCCGACUGAGGAAGGCAUUACCUUUAUAUAUGAUGAACCAACAGUGUACGCGGUCAGGAAGUUCACCGGCUAUGCAUGGCACGAAGAAACGUGGAUUGAAGAAUCAGAAAAGUUGGCUGAAAGUUUGAAAAACGACGCCACGAUAGACAAAACGACGUACUAUCAAGUGAAAUACGACAAACCUGAUACUAUUGUGAACAGACGUAAUGAAAUAUGGAUGAAGAAAAUCACCACUUAAAAGAAGAUUAAUUUUGUAUGAAACACCUACCUCACAAAUUACCUGACUGAGAUGCACUUGGGAGUUCAUAAAAUACUUUUACACAGAUGUGAACUACCUCAAACAUUUUUAAAUAUUAAUCAUCCAUGGAAAUUGUGUAUGUGGACUUGUGAUGUGAAUUGUCAUGUGAAUUUUAAAUAAAUGUCUAUUUUUGUAA